GUAUAGUUUACUUAAACAGGAAGUAAUCUACACACAAGGCGCGGAAUUCCAGCAUGGUGGUGGUGGUGGUGAGGGAUGCGACUUUUUAGCCCCAAACAUGGCUACGUUGUUUGAUGAGAUCAGCCAGCAGCUGGACUUCACCAGCUGUGGAGAGGAGGGGAGCAGCAGUAGCAGUGACAACAGCUCCGAUGACUGCAUCUUUAGGAUCCGCAGUCCCAGGAUCCGCAGUCCCAGCUCUGCAUGCAGGACCCCCAGGGUGCAACGCCACCGUGGUAGAAACAACACCUUGAGUUCCCCUUUACAGUGCACCAGCCCUAUACCGUACGCCUCCUGGAGUAAACUGAGGCUCUGUGACUCUCCCAGCACACCAAAGAGCCUACUAUCAAAGUCGUCCCAGCCUUGCUCCAGCACUAAGAUAGGCCGCCCUCAGAGGACCCUGUGUUUCGCCUCAUCUGCUGCUAACCUCAUCCAGGCACCUUCCGUCAAUGUGAACCCUUUCACCCCUGACACAGUCCGCAGGAACAGCGAGCAGCAGUGGAAGAACCGUUGUAGAAGUGAUAAUGAUGAUGAUUAUGGACGCAGGUUGAAACACAGCCUAGCGUCAUCUGAGGAGGAUGAUGAAGCCUUUCUCCCACCAAAGAGGCGAGCUGUCCAAGCCUUCAUGCUGUCACGCUAUGAGAGUGAGUUCCUGGAGCUGGAGUGCAUUGGUGUGGGGGAGUUUGGGGCAGUUUACAAGUGUGUGAAGAGGCUGGAUGGUUGCUUGUACGCCAUAAAACGCUCUCGCCGACCCCUGGCAGGUUCUGCCAAUGAGCAGCUGGCCCUAAAGGAAGUGUACGCGCAUGCCGUUCUUGGGCACCACCCACAUGUUGUUCGCUAUUAUUCAGCAUGGGCAGAAGACGAUCACAUGAUUAUCCAGAAUGAAUACUGUGAUGGUGGAAGCCUCAGUGAUGUCAUUGUGAAGAGGGUGCAGGGUGAGCUGUUUUCAGAGGCUGAGUUGAAAAAUCUGCUCUUACAAGUGUCCCUGGGGCUAAAAUACAUCCACAGCUCAGGCCUCGUACACCUGGACAUCAAACCAAGUAAUAUAUUCAUUUGCCAGCGUCCCAGCACAAGUGCAGCGGGUGAAGGGGAGAGCGAGGAGGAAGAUGACCGAAGCACUUCAGCAGGAGUCAUUUUCAAAAUUGGGGAUCUGGGUCAUGUGACAUCAUCCAGCAAUCCUCAAGUUGAGGAAGGGGACAGCCGCUUUCUGGCCAGAGAGGUCCUGCAUGAGGAGUACAGCCACCUGCCAAAGGCAGACAUCUUUGCUUUGGGCCUUACAAUUCUGCUUGCAGCCGGCGCUCCCCCUCUGCCUCAAAAUGGAGAUGAGUGGCACAGCCUUAGAGAGGGGAAACUCCCUAAGCUGCCAAUGGAGCUAUCACCUCCCUUCAGAGGCCUACUUCAGUUGUUGCUGGAUCCAGACCUGUCGAAGCGUCCGUCUGCCAGGGAGCUUUGCAAGCACACAGUCUUGCGGGAGGAGAGGACUGGGAGGGUGGCUGCUCAGCUACGCAGAGAGCUCAAUGUAGAGAAGUUCAGGACAGCCAUGCUUGAAAAAGAGCUCCAGGAGGCUCGGCAGGCAGCUUUGUCACCCAAGCAGUACCUCUGUCCUGGGCUGAAACCCCCUGCUAAGAUGGGGUCCCUACCCAGAGCAGGAAGGAGGCUUGUGGGUGGGAAGACUGCGCGAUCCAUGAGCUUUGGUUGCUCGGGGUAUGGAGUGUGAUGGAACGUCAUUACACCCACAUGCCUGUCCUUUGCUCGGAUGAUAUGGGACUCCUUCUGCAACCAGGCUGUGGUAAAAAUGUAGCAUCUCUCUUGGAGAGGAACGAGCAUACAGCAAAGAUUUUGAGGCAACUGAUAACUGGACAAAACUGGAUUGAAAGACUUAUAAAUCUUCAGAGUGAUGCAGCGCUGUGGUUUGUGGGUUUUUAAGGAUUUAUCUGACUCACUCAUGCAUGUUUUCAAGUGAUUUUCUGGCAGAGGCAAGGUGUAACUGCUGCAGACCAAUGUUCUUUUUUUUUUUUUUUUUAAC